CUCGAAAGGAAAGAGAGUUGAAAUCUCCUCCACCUCUGUUCGUUCUCUUGUUUUGUCUGUUAAGCGCUCAGUAAGCAGACAGCAACUGUUUCCCAGUCUCCACUCUCAACGGAAUUCCCAAAGCCUCCCUCUCUGAUCCAAACAGUCUACACUAGAAAAAAGAAAAGCAACUUCAGGGGUGUUCACUCAUCAGGGGUCCUAUCAUCCCUUUCUCUCCGAGUCACUCGUAAAAUGCAAGCAGUCGUAAUGUAUGGGGGAGGCGGAGGCGGAGGAGUCAAAGGCAGCAUUAGCACCAAAAGCCUAGCAGUAGGCUUUAGAGCUCUGAAAAGUCAAAAGCAGCACUACACCUCCUCCCUUGAUUUCAGCAAUAGAAACUCUCAACUAUCUUCGUCUUCUUCUUCUUCUUCUUCUUCUUCUGGAUUGCGUCUCAAUUCACUCUCCUCCUCCUCCUCCAUGGCAACCGAACUCACUCGCUCCUCUCUCUUCCACUCCCGCCCUGUCCUCAAAGCUCUCGCUUCCAAUGGAGGAGAUGUGGAAGAAGUUAGGCCUUUAAAAUCUGAGGAUGAUGUUACUUGCGCUCUGCCUGUGCCGCAGCAGCAGCAAGGGAAAGCUUCGGUCUUGCCGUUUGUUGGAGUUGCUUGUUUAGGAGCUAUUUUGUUUGGUUAUCAUUUAGGGGUGGUGAAUGGUGCUCUGGAGUAUCUUGCUAAGGAUCUUGGCAUUGUUGAAAAUGCUGUCUUACAAGGAUGGAUUGUUAGCACACUGCUUGCUGGUGCUACUGUUGGUUCAUUUACUGGGGGAGCAUUGGCUGAUAAGUUUGGGCGAACAAGGACUUUUCAGCUGGAUGCAAUUCCGCUAGCAAUUGGUGCUGUGCUCUGUGCUACGGCCCAGAGUGUACAGUCUAUGAUAAUUGGGCGUCUACUUGCUGGUAUAGGAAUUGGUAUUUCUUCUGCUAUCGUGCCACUUUACAUAUCCGAGAUCUCGCCAACUGAAAUCCGUGGUGUGCUGGGUUCCGUAAACCAACUUUUUAUAUGCAUUGGGAUUCUUUUGGCAUUGGUAGCGGGAUUGCCAUUGGCAGGAAAUCCUAUAUGGUGGAGGACAAUGUUCAGCAUUUCAGCUGUUCCUGCUGUUCUAUUGGCACUGGGAAUGGCAUUUUCUCCAGAAAGUCCUCGGUGGCUUUUUCAGCAAGGAAAAUUUUCUGAAGUUGAAAAAUCCAUAAAUACUCUUUAUGGAAAAGAAAGAGUUGCUGAUGUCAUGACCGAUUUAAAUGUGGUUAGUCAAGGUUCUGCUGAGCAAGAAGCUGGAUGGUUUGACCUAUUUAGCAGCCGCUAUUGGAAAGUUGUGAGCGUUGGUGUAGCACUUUUCUUUUUCCAACAAAUGGCUGGUAUAAAUGCUGUGGUGUAUUAUUCAACUGCUGUGUUCCGUAGUGCUGGCAUUGAAUCAGAUGUUGCUGCCAGUGCUCUUGUUGGGGCAUCAAACGUCUUUGGUACAACUAUUGCAUCUUCCUUGAUGGACAGGCAAGGAAGGAAGAGUCUUCUGAUCACUAGCUUCUUAGGAAUGGCUGCCUCAAUGCUGCUGCUUUCCUUGUCCUUCACUUGGAAGGCCCUAGCACCGUAUUCUGGAACCCUUGCUGUUCUAGGGACAGUUUGCUAUGUGUUGUCGUUUUCACUUGGUGCUGGUCCUGUGCCUGCUCUUCUUCUCCCAGAGAUAUUUUCCUCCAGAAUUAGAGCGAAAGCAGUCGCUUUAUCCUUGGGCAUGCACUGGGCUGCAAAUUUUGUCAUCGGCCUGUAUUUCUUGAGCUUUGUGAACAAGUUUGGGAUCAGCUCUGUAUAUUUAGGAUUUUCAGGCAUCUGUCUUCUUGGUGUCUUGUACAUAGCAGCUAAUGUUGUGGAAACGAAGGGACGUUCAUUAGAAGAAAUAGAACGAGCUCUUGACCCUGCAGUUUAACCGGAAUACUUGUCGAAAGUGCACUUGAUAAUAAUGUCACCCCGGCUCAUAGACAUGGUGCUUUUUACCCCUGGAGGGUUCAUCAUUUUGCAGGAACUGUCACUGGGUUUGCCAUAGUCCAACAUGCUCAAAGUUAAGUCGCUGCCGUAACCAGCUUAGUGAACUGGAUGUUUUUUGUAUGUAAUAUCAGAACUGCGGCACCAAUAAUCAUUUGUUUCAUCAUAGCUGAAUGUCAAAUAUUACAAAUAAAUUCUUUUCCA